AUUCUUUAGAUGUUAAUGCAUAUGGUAAUAAUAGCAAAUGUUAUAUUUUAUUAAUUAUUACAAAUGCAUUCUCAUAUGAAGAAAUUAAAGAAAGCCUGAAGAAACAAAUUCAACAAUUUUUGACAAACAAAAUGAACAUAAAAAUGAGCUUAUAUAAAACUGAUUUAGCAACUAAUAAGCCUGUUUAUUACUUAAAAGAUUUUAAGAAUAUGCUUUGGAAAUGGUUUUAUGAAGAAUAUUUGGAUAAUAUAAAACAUUCAAGUUUUUAUACACAUUUACAAGAAAAUUAA